AUGAGGCCUUGCAGUGGACCCCCAGAGUGUCCAACAAGCCAUAGCGGGAGAACCGUGGCCACUCUGUGCGAGGAGGAACAGGUGGCAGAAACGUAUUAUUUUUGUCCACUGCUUGGCAGUGUUGGCACUGAGCCCGUGUCUUUGAAAUGUCAGGCUAGGGGCAACGCUCAAAGCUUGGGGAGCCGUGAUGUUGUCAGAGUGUGCUGGCAGCAUUUUCCUCGUUGGGAAUGCAAAGGAAAUGCAGCCCAGCCUGAUCCAGAAAGAAUCUCUGGUCAAUUCCUGGCCUGGUUUUCCCGGAUGGAACAAGAGGAAGAGCUGGGUGUGUCUGAACUUCAAGACUCAGGGGACAGGGGGAUGGGCUCAGAUUUCGAGGACUCGGAGGAGAGGGGGAUGGGUUCAGACCUGCAGUACAUGGAUGAGAGAGAGGACGACUCCGAGGAGAGGGAGGUGGGCUCGGACCUGCUGGACAAGAAAUACAGAGAGGAGAACUCAGAGGAGAGGGAGAUGGUGACAGACAUCUACACAGUGUCGGGCCGAGAGUGGAUCCUUAUCCUCAAUCCAGACCUGAUUGAGGUGAUGCUGGUAGAUGACAGGCUCCUCAGUGAGGAAGAGGAGGCAGCUCUCCGUGAAGAAAAUGAAGAUGAUGUGGAAGACCCUGAGGUGGUGGAGAUGGGGAUGUUCUCGGGUCUGUCCGAGUCUGAGAGCAUCCCCCAGAGUCCUCGGGAGGAGGAGGAAGAGGAGGAGACCACAACCCUGCCCUGGAGGAGACGCCUGUCUCUCGGGAAGUGCCCACGGGGAGGCAAGUCUGGCCAGCGCCGCUUCCAUCAUCUCCAUCAUCCCAUGGCCGUGGACUUUGGGGAACUCAACAGCUUGAUGGCCAGCAUCAUGGAAGCUCCCACCAUCUGCUCGGACUGUGGUGAAAGCUUCAGCCCCGGCACAGCCUUCCUUCAGCACCAGCGUAUGCACCGCCUGGCGCAGGCAGCGGCAGGGGUCCCUCCUUAUGGCUUUGCCACAGAAUGCGGGGGCGUGGUGGGCAUGGUGGGGCUGGGCGGGGCCGGGCCCUUGGCUUCCGUGUUGCCCCGGACCCCAGGGGAGAAGCCCUACCGGUGCGGGGAGUGCGGGAAGGGGUUCAGCCGCAACACGUACCUGACCAACCACCUCCGCCUGCACACGGGCGAGCGCCCCAACCUGUGCUCCGACUGCGGCAAGAGCUUCAGCUGGCGCGCGGACCUGCUCAAGCACCGCCGCCUGCACACGGGGGAGAAGCCCUACUCCUGUCCCGAGUGCGGGGAGGCCUUCAGCCUCAGCUCCCACCUGCUGAGCCACCGGAGGGCGCACGCGGCCGCCAGUGGGGCCGGGGCUGCGGCGCUGAGGCCCUUCGCCUGCGGGGAGUGCGGGAAGGGCUUCAUGCGGCGCUCCCACCUGGCCAACCACCAACGCAUCCACACGGGCGAGAAGCCGCACGCCUGCGGGGACUGCGGCAAGCGCUUCAGCUGGCGCUCGGACCUGGUCAAGCACCAGCGCGUGCACACGGGCGAGAAGCCCUACAUGUGCUCCGAGUGCGGGGAGACCUUCAGCGUGAGCUCCCACCUCUUCACGCACAAGCGCACGCACUCGGGGGAGCGCCCCUACGUGUGCGGCGAGUGCGGCAAGGGCUUCGGCCGGAACUCGCACCUGGUCAACCACCUGCGCGUGCACACGGGCGAGAAGCCCUUUGGCUGCUCGGACUGCGACAAGCGCUUCAGCGACUUCUCCACCCUGACGCAGCACCAGCGCACGCACACGGGCGAGAAGCCGUACGCCUGCGUGGAGUGCGGCAAGAGCUUCAUCCAGAGCUCCCACCUCAUCCGCCAUCGCCGCAUCCACACCGGGGACAAGCCUCACAAGUGCGCGGGCUGCGGCAAGGGCUUCCGCUACAAAACCCACCUGGCCCAGCACCAGAAGCUGCACCUGUGCUAG